AUGCUAGACUCACUCGACGAGAAAUGGGACCCCAGGAAAAGGCAACCAGAAGAUUACGAACACAAGAUGACACCGAAAGAAACAGAAGCAGCAGGGGAACGAACGAUUGACAUAGACCAAAGAGUCACAACAACGGGCAACAUCGCAGACGUAUUUAGAAUCUUCACGGAAGAGGAAACCAACCACAGCCGAACAGCACCGAGCCGCGAACACGCAGAGAACCCCGACAAAGAAACAAUAGAACUCGAAGCCUACACAGACGGGUCAGCGACAAAGAACGGCAGGGAAGGAACCGAAGCAGGAGCAGGGAUCUACUUCGAAGACGACGACCGAGAAAACAAAGCAAUAAAAGUCCCGAACGAACUCGGCCCAUCCAACCAAAUAGCGGAAAUGCUAGCGAUUAAAGAGACAAUAGAGAUCUGCCCACCAGGAGCACCAAUACACAUCAAAACGGACUCAAUGUACUGCGUAAAUGGACUCACCAAAAGUCUCCAAAAAUGGGAAGACCAAGGCUUCUUCCUGGCGGCGAACGGAGACCUAGCAAAACUGACCAUCACGAAGAUACGAAAUCGAAGAGCACGUACAAGAUUAACAUGGGUCAAGGGCCAUGCGGGAAUACACGGAAAUGAGGAAGCAGAUAAGCUAGCAAACGAGGGCAGACAGAAGAGCCAACCCGACAUCAUAGAUACCCAAGUCGACAGAUCGCUCAUCCUCCCAGGAGCGAAACUGCGUGCCAUGACACAAUUGGUGGCAUACAAAAUCAUCAGGAAACUUAAGAUGAAGAACGACAAAUAUCAGGACGCACUAGACCGAAGAGCAACAAGAAGGAACAUAGAAAUAGCACAGCAAGCAACAGAGGAAGAGGGAAACGACCCAAAAGGAGCGGCGACUGAAGCCCAAAUAUGGGCAGCCAUCCAACACAAAGACUUCUCGCGAAGUAUCCGAUACUUCACAUGGAUGCUGAUACACGAUGGAUAUAAAGUCGGAACACACUGGUCGAGAAUCCCGGGACACGAAGAAAAGGCUCACUGCAAACACUGCGGCCCAGAUCUGGAAACUAGCGAACGAGAUAUGGAGAAGAAAGACGGACACAGACCUGCACCCAAGCUUAGGAAUGGUGAUGGCAUGCGGAGCCAUCCAACAGGCAAACGCAGGAAUGUCGAGACUCUUCCGCAUAAUAGUAUCGGAAUCAGCCCAUAUGAUAUGGAGGAUAAGAUGCGAACGCGUUAUACAAGAGAAGGGCAAUGCCUCUGUUCAAGAAGUAGAGAACAGAUGGAAGAAAGCGAUAAGGACGAGACUGCUGAUAGACUGCAUGAUGACAAACACAGCAAAAUACGGAAAGAAAUCAAUCCGAUCUUCCCUGGUCAGGAAGACGUGGGCAAAGACCCUUGA